CUGUGCCUCUCUGUCUUUACGUACCUAUGCUUUAUUUGUGGGAGGUGGGUUUGCUUUGGAAAGUUUGUAUUUACCUUAUCCAUUUAGCAUAUUGCCUUUGUAUACUAAAAAUCUACCAGAUGGUACCACAUAAAGCCUAAUGACUACGCUGAUGUCUCUCCAGAAUAGGUUUCCUGAUAGACCUAGAUGGACAAACACAAUCUAACAGUGCUGAAAGAGUUCAUUCUGACGGGAAUCACAGACCGCCCAGAGCUGCAGGCUCCAUCGUUCGGGCUGUUCCUCAUCAUCUAUACGAUCUCAGUGGUGGGCAACUUGGGCAUCAGCAUCCUCACCAAGAUGGACUCCAAGCUACAAACUCCCAUGUACUUUUUUCUCAGACACCUGGCUAUCACUGAUCUUGGUUAUUCAACAGCUGUGGGACCCAAAAUGCUAGUCAAUUUUGUUGUGGAUGAAAAUAAAACCUCCUAUUAUUUUUGUGCUAUACAGCUAGCUUCCUUUCUCAUGUUCAUCGUUAGUGAAUUUUUCAUUCUGUCAGCAAUGUCUUAUGAUCGCUAUGUGGCCAUCUGUCACCCUCUGCUCUACACAGUCAUCAUGUCACAAAGGAUGUGUUGGGUGCUGGUGGCAAUUCCCUAUCUGUACAACACAUUUGUUUCUCUUCUGGUCACUCUAAAGAUUUUUAAUUUAUCCUUCUGUGGCUACAAUGUCAUCAGUCUUUUCUACUGUGACUGUCUCCCCUUAGUAUCUUUGCUCUGCUCAAACACACAUGAAAUUGAAUUGAUCAUUCUCAUCUCAGCAGCUAUUGAUUUGAUUUCAUCCCUUCUAAUAGUUCUUGUUUCUUAUCUGAUUCUUUUUGUAGCCAUUCUCAGGAUAAACUCAGCUGAGGGCAGGCAAAAGGCCUUCUCCACUUGUGGAUCCCACCUGACCAUGGUGGUCGUGUUCUAUGGGACUUUAAUCUUUAUGUAUGUGCAGCCCAUGUCCAGUCAUUCCUUUGUCGGUGAUAAAGUGGCUUCCAUAUUUUACACCCUGGUUAUUCCCAUGUUGAAUCCCUUGAUUUAUAGCUUGAGGAACAAAGAUGUGAAAUAUGCCCUAUGUAGCACAUGGAAAAAAAUACGCAAUAUCUUUUCUACAGUUUGACACAUCAUAUGGUUCAUAUAAAUUAAGUCAUGGGCUUCAAGUCUUGUCUGUAUGCCUUCAUAAGUUACAAUGAUCACAAAUACAACCUGCAUGUAUUGAUAAAUUUCCUUCUAUGUGUCAGUCACUCUUCUAAAUGCAUUGAUGAAGAAAAGAGUAAACAAAAGAGUAAAAAUGUUUUCCUUCCUUGAAGGGAAGAAGUGGAUCACAAAAAAUAAUUAGGUAAAUUUUAUAGUACAGAAGAAUGUGUUGGGGUCCUAUUGGCACAGUGGUUAAAGCGUUUGGCUGCUAACUGAAAGGUCACCAGUUCGAACCCACCAGCCCUUCUAUGGGAGAAAGCUGUGGCAGUUGGCUUCCACAAGGAUUUACAGCCUUGGAAACCUUAUGGGGCAAUUCUAGGGACCUUAGGAGUCAGAAUCUACUGGACAGCAGUGCGUUUUUUUUUUUAAAGAAUGUGUUAUGUAUUUGGCUAUAAACAAAAGCCUUUGCCAUUGAGUACAUUCUGAGUCAUAGCAACCUUAUAGGACAGGGUAGAACUGCUGCAUAGGGUUUCCAAGGAGCAGCUGGUGGAUUUGAACUGCUGACCUUUUGGUCAGCAGCCAAGCUCUUAACCAGUACACCACCAGGGCUCCAGGAGAAUGUGUUGGAAACUACAAAAUCAGGCAAAGCGGUUAGAUAUGCUGAGUGGGAGUGGGAAAAAGUACCAGGUACAAAAGAGGAAUUACAAUGAUUCUGGUAUUUUUUUUCACUAUUAGAAUAAACUUUGCAGAGCCAGUUCUUGGGUUUUUGUAUCUGUGGUUGUGUAAGCCCUUGCCUUUUCAUAGCUCAUGAGGGGGUACUGGGUUCAGGCCAGGGUAUGAGGAGUCUCAAUGCAGUGUGAUAAUUUGAAGUACUUAAUUAUUUAAAUUUGCUCAAAUGUCCCCAUUCCAGACCUUGGGGUUCCUAUUCUUUUCCUAUUAAGGCCUUUACUUUCACACGUCAAUCUGUCAGCAUACCUUGCAAUUUAGCAAUCCGCAGGUUCAGCUCUGCAUCUGACAUUGUUUUAAUCAACCCAUUUUGCCUAGAUCUAAGUGGGAAAGGAAUUCCAAACCUGGGAGCAACUCUGGAUCAUCCCAAGAAAUUGAUAUUAAUUGGUGUAUAGAUCAGAACGUAUACCAAUUACGAUAAAUUUCUUGAGGUCAUCCAGAGUUGCUCCCAGGUUUGAAAUGCCUUUCCCACUUGUCCUUCUUAUUUAAUAAUUAUCUUUUCUGUUUCAUGGGUUGUUUUCUUAUCUAUAUGAACAAUUUUUAAAUGUUUGUUCAAUUAUUUUUUCUGUAUUUCCUUGGGUAACAGGAUAUUCUCUGAUGAGUUAAGCUUGCUACCUCCGUUUCAUUGGUUUGGCUUUCCUAAACUUUGGACAAUAUUUAUUAUGCACUGUAUUUUCAUUAACUUUUGUUCACCCUACUUAUCAGAGGGAAAAUGAGAUAAUCCUUUGGUUUGCACUGUGCUGUACUUCUAAUUGAAGUAAGGGCUGUGAUGUGGCAAGGAUACAUUUAUCUUGCCUUAUGAAUAUAGUUGUUCCAUGUUACUCCUCAAAAUUUUCCAUAUAUUUUUAUUUAUUUAUAUUUUCUUUUCACAAUUUCUUGGGUUUUAUUGAAGCUAGUAGAGUAUAAAUUAUUUUCUUGGUUCAGGAUCAUGAAAUGAAAACCCCUGUGUAGCCAAUAACAUUUGAAUAAAAAUAAUUCAUUGGAAUAUAAGACAAAGGUGCAUGUUAUAUUGUCAUGUGAACGUAAAUAUUUUUAAAAGUCUGAAGCUGUUAGUAGAUGAAGAUGGUCACGAAAAGACAGAGCUCCCCAGGCUAGUAAAAAUUCCACUGCCUCAAGUAGCUUGCUUGGCAUGCCCUGUAGCUUUUCAUUAGAAUCCUGGUUCCUUUGCUUGGCAUGGCCCAUAGCUUUACAUUAAAACCUUGGCUCCCAUCUCCUUAACUGCUUCCCAAAACUAGAUGAAAUUGGCGGAAAUGAGUUUAGGCGCCAUGCUGACAUUCAAGACAACAUUUAGUUCUCAUAUACAGUAAUACCGUGCCUCUGGGUGGAGUUUAACCACCAUAUUCUGAACACUGAAGGCAUAAAGUUAUUUGUAAACCCCAUCACAGCUGGGUAGUAUGAUUAAUAAUGUUGCUGAUGUAACUUGUUAUGAACUUCCUAUUAGUAAACUCCUUAUAAGUAAUGUUUCCCCUCAUCCCCUCUGAGCAGUCUUGGCAGCAGCACCAACUGUUUCUCUUCCUUGUACAGUGAAAUGAAGAUGCCUUUCUACUCUCCCACCUUGGUCUAUCCUUUAUUGGCUGACACAAGUUCCAUCGAGCAGAAACUGGAGUUUCUGCCUAGCAACAUCUCUGUUAAAAUGGCCAGGAGUCAUCUGUUACGUUCCAAAAGUGAAUUGGACUAUAGACUGGCCCCAACAUCUGGUGCCACCAGGAGACAUCUCUGCAGACCUUACAGCAGUCCUGGGACUCAACGGUGACUUCAUGGGAGACACGAAACACACCUGGGUUAAUUUGGUAAAUACUUGCAUAAGACCUUAGAAGAGUCCCAAGAAGUGGGAGGAAUUAACAGUUGAUUGCAUUAAUGGCUCUAGGUAUUUGGGGUUAUUUGGUAAAUAACAGGGUAAUUACUAGGUAAGGUCUUAAGACUCCCAAGUAGUGGAAGGAAUUGACUCUUGAGGGUAUAAAAGGCUCUAGGUGUCUGUUAUUAGAUUGGUGCAAUGAAUUAGGUUGUGUGAGUGUGUAAUGUGUGUAUGUGUGAAGCAUUUAGACAGUUCACAGGCAUGGACCCUGAGAGUCUUGAAAACUCUUGCAUUGUGAAUACGAUUUUGAUCAGGCAGAGUGCCCAGGAUAUACGGAGAAAACUCCAAAAACUUGAGCGAGGUGAGGAGUUGGGACUGCCAUGGCUUAUUGAGCUUGCCUACCAGGUAUAUUCCAAUCAGCACAGGGAAGAGAGAAAGAAAAAAAAUCAGUCAUCAGAACAGACAGGCUGCAUUCCUGGGCACAUCCUUGUAGGGAAAUGACACGUCUCUUGGCAACCCAACAAGAGGGGGUCCCUGAGGAGAGAUGAAGGUGGGAGGCCCUGACCCCCAUUAAUCUGAGACCAGUGCUCCUAGUACAAAGAGAGAGGAGGUUAGAAGAGAGUGUGCCCUAAAUUCUUACCCAGAGGUAACAAAGACCAUGGGGUUGUCCAGUGGCCCAUGAUGCCAAUAGGUAAAGACUUGGAUUGAGGAGGACUUGAGGCCAGUCUACAACCUGAGCCUCUGGUUAUAAAGAAGGUGGGAGGGGAGGUAACUGUAUGGUUUCUAGUGGAUUCCAGAGCAAUCCAUUCUGUCCUGACCCAAAAAAAUAUAGCUCUGAUGAAAAAAACUUUGUCAGCCCAGUAGUCUCAGGUAAGAGGGACAACCCUCCCUGCUUCCAGCCUCUAACCUGCUGUAUGCAAGGGAAGCCAUUAAAACAUUAUUUUAUCUACCUGCCCGACUAUCCCAUUCCCUUGUCAUACAAAGUCUUGUACAAACUGCAAGCACAAAUUUCUUUUGAUAAAGAGAUCAUACAGAUGCAGAUACUGCCAGAGACAGAUGGCAAUUGCAGAUGGCCGUUACCACAGAGUCACCUACCAAUUAUAGCAUGGAAGGCCACUCCAAAGUAUCAGUAGGGGCAGACACCAAAUAUGCAGUGGACCUGUGGCUACGGGCGUGGGCCAACAAGGUGUUGGGAUGUGUCAAAAACAUUCCCUUUGUGGUGGUUGAGCUCUAGCCUGGCAUAGUUUCUAUCUGACUUAAGCAGUACCCCAUCUGUGUGGAAGUCUUAUAGGCACGGGCAAAAUCAUCUUCAGAUACAUGAAACAUAGACUGUUCAGACCAUGUCACUCAGAGUUCAACACCCCCAUCCUGCUGGUGAAGAAGAAUCACAGAGAAUACCAGCUCAUUCAGGAUCUGCGAGCCAUCAGCUAGGUAACAGUCCCAGUCUAUCGUGUAGUUUCCAACCCUCAUACCCUGCUAUUGACUUUGUUGGCCAGUUUUUCCUGGUUCACUGCACCAAAUAUGAAAGAUGCAUUCUUCUGCACCUGAGAGGAAACAAAGAAACAAAAAAAACAGUAAAUCUGUGCCUUUGAGUAAAAAGACCAAGACAGUGGAGAAAAACAACAACUCUACCGGUUAGUCCUUCCUCAGGGGUUUAAAAACAGCUCCACUAGGGACCUGGCAGGAAAGACCAGCAGGAGACAGUGCAGUGGGUUUCCCAGCCCAUGGAGUGAGAAAGCUGAGUGCCUUUGGGCAGAGAUUGAGAGCCAGGAAGAAGCCUACACCUAACCCACAGGUUUGGGACUUGCCAGACUCCACAAGGACAGAAGCAGAGCCAAUUUGGCAGAAUAGACAGACUUUUUCGGCGAGCCCUCUUUACAACAAAGACCCGAAAAAACAAGGAGGAAGCCCUGAGCAUCAAAGGCAAGCUUAGACAAUGAACUGAGGGGCAGGGGGAGGAAGAGACCAUUCAGGAGUGGAGAAGAGUUACGGGGCCUAAAUCAUCGGGAGCCCUCAGGCUCCAUUUCUGGAGUGGCGGCAGUGGUGGUGGCGGGCCGGAACUAGUGUUCAGCUGCAGUUUCCGCAGGGAGAAGCAGCCAGCCACACAGUCUACUCGCACCUCUGGAACCUGAGGAGAAUGGCGCCCUCAGCAAAAGCUAAGUACUUGCAUAUAUUUCACCGCACCCCCCCCCACCAAGCCAGCUUCAGCGACUGAAUCCGUUGGCCUGAGAUAGGCACUGUUGAGCACCUAGAGCCAUCCUCCUGGCCUUGGAGAAGGAAAAAAAUUGAAAUUUUGGGGAAAAGAUAAUUUGCUAGCUCCAUUAACAGGGGGAGCUCAGGACAAAAGCAGCUCCUGUCCAGGCAUAAACCACCCGUGGACCUUGAGCACCUUUCCCUUCUGCAUGGACCUGUGUGGGCCUAUUUCAGGAGAAUAGGACCUUUUUAGCAAACUCCAACCAUUUCACUGUGUGGUGGGUAGGUGGGUGUUUGACAUUUGACAUUGCUUUGCUUAUUAAACAAGGUCCUCACCUAUCCACAUAAGGGACCUAAGGACAGGUACCUCCACUCACGUCACCCAGCCACCCCUGACAGGGGUCCAAAGAUAACUGGUACCUCCCAGUCCUUACAAUCAAAAACAUUGGGUGUCCAUGGUCCCUCUGCAGAACCCACCCACCAGCAUGCUCUAAGGAACAGAGAUGCAUUUUCCUCAGAGACACUUGGGGAUCGGUUCUCAGCCCCCUGCCUUGUUCAGAGCAUGACACCCUGUUGCA